GUGACGGUGCAAUAGUGAAUAGAUGAAUAGUGAAUAUAUUAAGCCAUAAAAGCCGUUAUAACUUAUAACAAAGUAAUAUUAAGCCCACAUCGGACUAUAUUUUGUCAUUUUGUUUACCGCGGGAAUCUCUUUAGGAAUAAUAAGUAACAAAAUGUUUCGUUCCAUCUACAAAUUAUCAACACACUUGAACAACUGCUGCGUUAUGGGAACUUUAUCCAGGGGUAUAGCUGAAAAGCGUCCGAGUAUGGAAAAGUAUUUCAAAGACAAAAGCUUCAUCGUAACUGGAGCAAGUGCAGGUAUGGGCAGAGUGAUUACCGGAAGAUUGUUAGGUUUGGACGCGCACGUGUUCGCAAUCGGAAGAGAUAUAGAAAGUCUACCGUGUAAAGCUGGCCAAAAAAUGACCAAAAUAGCAGUGGACAUUGGUGAUUGGGAUUCAACAUAUUGUAAAAUCCUAGAAAUUGGGCCUGUUCACGGUUUAGUUAACAACGCCGGAGUGGCACACAUUGAACCUUUUUUGGAGACGACACAACAUGGAUGGGAUCAUACAUUAAACGUAAACUCCAGAGGAAUAGUAAGAGCAAGCCAAGCUGCAGCUAGAAAUAUGAUUUCUGAAAAAAUCAAAGGAUCAAUAGUCAAUGUAUCCUCUACUAUAUCUGAGAGAGCAAUACCAGAUCAUGUAUCAUAUUGUGCAUCUAAAGGAGCUUUGAACCAAAUAACAAGGACAAUGGCCAUAGAAUUAGGUCCUCAUGGUAUAAGAACAAACAAUGUCAAUCCCACUGUAGUAUUGACCACUAUGGGGAAGAUAGCAUGGUCAGAUCCGAAGAAGUCAGGACCGAUUAUGAAUAGAAUACCAUUAGGAAGAUUUGCAGAACCUAAUGAUAUUGCUGAUGCAGUGAUAUUUCUAUUGAGUGACUAUUCAACAAUGAUUAAUGGCCUGAAUUUAUACGUAGAUGGCGGUUAUAUGGCUUCAUAA